AUAAAGGUGUUUUCUAAAUAGUCAGGGAAAAUACUUUGUUAUUUUUGAAAUCUAUUUACUUCUGUAUUUAAUACAACUUUUAUUAUCAGGUGUUGUUUGAAGAUGAGGAAAUUCCGAUGAAUGAAUGUGAUGACGAUUGCUUGAGUGAAACUUCUCAGAUAUUUAUUGAAAAUGAUAUGGAGGCUAUGGAAUUCUUCAAAGACUUUGAUGAUUGUUUGAGCGAGACGAGCGAGACUUCGCAAGUUUUUCGCGAAAAUGCGAUUGAAGACUUGGAAGCGAUUGCAAUGGGUGAUAGUGAUGUUUUGAGUGAAACAUCACAAUUGUUUAACGACAAUAAAAUCGAUGGAAUAAACGAUUGCUUAAAUGACUUUGAUGACGAUGAUCUUCCUCAGAGUGAGACAUCGCAAAUGUUUCACGAUAAUCCUAUGCCUCUUCCUCUCUACUAUCAAGUAGGAUCUGGAUUUGAGAAUCAGCCUGGACCUUCGACACGUGGCCCUGCCUUCCUGGAAAAUGUUUCGUCCGAGAACCUGGAUAAUGCGGUAAUCGUUGACGAAACAAAUAGGAGGGUCAAUCAGCGAUACAACGCAGAAGAGGUGACAUUUAGGGCUAGGAUAGAGGAAGAAAAAAUACCACCUAGGCUUCAACGCACUCCCUUGGUUGCAGCAGUUGAAGCAGUGAGGGCUCUUUUUAGCCUACUCAUUCUGCGUUGUACGCAAAAUCUAAGGCCUUCUGAUCUUAUUCGCUUUUGCUUCAUGGCAAUAGGAUUAGAGAGGCCUGUGUCAACGGUUCUAAUGCCGGUAUCCGAUGUGACAGUGGAAAGAAUUGUUGCACCCAUAAUGCGGGUGCUUCAAUCCUACAAGAAGCUGAAACUGAAAGAUGGUGUCAAUGUUGACAUCAUCAUCAUUCACAGGGACAUAGGUGCAGGUGGCAACCGCCGAAUCAUCAAUAUCGAAACUGAUCGUCUUAAAAAACGAUCAGUUCUAUCGAUACCGACUGACAAGGAGGGGUUAUGUUGUGCUAAGGCCAUUUUAUAUGCUUUAGCUCACUUGGAAAAUGACCGGGCUGCAAUAAACUCCAUGAAGGAUAGAAGAAGGCCGGCUCUUCUUAACAGAGCCAGAAUUCUUCACAAUGAUGCUGGAGUUCCUUUGGGACCUUGUUCUUAUUCAGAAAUCAGGACGUUCGAAGACUUCCUCGACAUCCAAAUUGUUGUCAUUUCUUCUGAAAGUUUGAACAAGGUUUCUUACAAAGGCAGAGACAGAGAAAGACGCAUCAAUCUGUGGCUUCAUAAUGGGCAUUACGAUGUAAUUAAAAGUCUUAAAGGGUUUUAUGGCUCCGAUAACUAUUGCGAGCCAUGUGAAAAACCCUUUAUGAAUCUUGAAGACCACAGAUGCCAGUUUGUGUGUCCCAUCUGUCUCAGGAAAGAUUGCUUACCCGGUCAUCCCCAGCGUUGCUCCGACUGUGAUAGACUUUGCCGCUCUUCCAGUUGCUUUGAAUGGCAUAAAGCAACUUCUGGAAAAAGACAGAAAUCUUUAUGCGAUAAGAUGUACCAAUGCAGAAACUGUGGCAAAGUCUUAUUACGGAGGAUCUGCCCUAUGAACAUGCACAAAUGUGGAACGUCCAGAUGCCCUUCAUGCAAGCAGUUUGUGAAUGUGUCGGAACAUCGAUGCUUCCUGGAGAUUGUUUCACCCAAAAUGCCUUCUGACAAACUGAUCUUUUUCGACUUCGAAACGGAUCAGUCGUCAGGCACCCAUGAAGUAAACUUUGCUGUAGCACAGUAUUCCAAUGGGGAGGAAACAAUCUUCAGAGGGUAUACAGCGUGCCAAGAAUUUUGUGCAUGGCUGUUCACUCCCAUACACAAAGGAUACACUGCAAUAGCGCAUAACAUGAAGGGCUUUGAUGGACAAUUCGUCAUGGCUUGGCUUCUGGAGCAAGGGAUAGCACCAUCUGUUAUACCCAACGGUUCAAAGCUUAUGUCCAUUGGCCACCCGACAUUGAGGAUUACUCUCAUUGACUCCUUCAAUUUUCUGCCAAUGAGUUUGUCCAAACUGCCGGGUUGCUUUGGACUAAGUGAACUGAAAAAAGGGUUUUUUCCACAUCUUUUCAAUAAGAGGGAAAAUCAAACGUAUAUUGGCCCCAUUCCUGACAUCUCAUUUUAUAGCCCAGAUACAAUGUCUGGAGCAAUGCGAGAUGAGUUUCUAAAAUGGCAUAGAAUGCAGGAAGGGGUAGAAUUUGAUUUUCAAAAGGAAAUGCUCUCUUAUUGCAAAUCAGAUGUGGAUAUACUCAGAAGGUGCUGUCUCGAGUUCAGGAAGCAGUUUCUAGAAAUUACAGACGUGGACCCAUUUUGUUACGUGACCAUUGCCUCGGCUUGUAUGGCAACAUACAGAUACAAGCAUAUUCGGAAGAAUUCAGUAGCCAUGGUGCCAGUACAUGGAUACAUCAACAGCACCAAUUACAGCCCUGAUGCUAUACGCUGGCUGGAUUUCAUUGCAGCCCAGGAAAAUAUUGAAAUUCAGCACGCGUUGAACAAACAGGGCGAAAAACGUAUAAACGGAGUGUCUGUUGAUGGAUUUUGUGCAGAAACAAAUACCAUCUAUCAAUUUCAUGGCUGUUUUUACCAUGGCUGCCCUGAAUGUUUCGAAGGAGGCACUUUGAAUUCCUUAUCUGGCGUUAGUAUGAGGACUUUGUUUGAAAGAACAAAUGAAUCAACUGCCAGAUUAAGGAAUCAAGGCUUUCGAGUCAUCGAAGAAUGGGAACACGUCUUUAAAAGAAGAUCAAAUGAUGACUUAGAAUUACAUCAAUUUCUUCUAAGUCAUCAACUAAAAGAUCGGCUUGAACCAAGGGAUGCCUUCUACGGUGGUAGGACAAAUGCGGUGAAAUUGUUCUUUGAAGGGACAGCUAAAUAUGUUGACUUUACUUCACUGUAUCCGUGGGUUAAUAAGUAUUGUCUCUAUCCCGUGGGGCAUCCUGAAGUCAUCACCGAAAAUUUCCGGAGUAUUGAUGAUUACUUCGGAAUUGUAAAAUGCCGUGUCUUGCCUCCCCGAGGACUCCAUCUGCCUGUUCUCCCUGUCAGAUGUAAUGGAAAACUAAUGUUUCCGCUCUGCCGUUGCUGUGCUGAAAGCUUAAACCAAAGCUCUUGUCAUCACAGCGACGAAGAAAGAUCUAUCGUAGGAACAUGGGUGACGGAAGAAGUGAAACUAGCCGUUGAGAAAGGCUAUUUAAUCUCAAAAAUAUAUGAGGUGUAUCACUUCCAGGAGAAAUCCAAACGUCUCUUCCAGUCCUACAUAGAUCUUUUUCUAAAGAUUAAGCAGGAAAGCAGUGGAUAUCCUUCCGAUUGCACAACUGCUGAAGAAAGGGCUUCCUAUAUUCAGCAGUACUUCGAGAAGGAAGGUGUUCUACUGAAUCCUGCUGAAAUCAAAAAAAAUCCAGGGAGACGGCAAGUUGCCAAACUUGCACUGAAUAGCUUUUGGGGGAGGUGGGGAAUGAACAUCAACAAGUGUCACCUAUCUUAUGUAGAUAACUUACCUGCAUUUAAUAAGAUGUUAGCUGAUCCUACAAAAAAUGUAAAGGACGUCUACUUGCCAACACCAGAAGUGGCGGCUAUUGUGUGGGACAGCAAAAAAGAAUUCAUUCCCCAGGACACUGGCACCAAUAUUUUCUUGGCGGCUUUCACUACAGCUUGGGCUCGGCUGAAGCUCUAUUCAGAGAUGGAUAAGCUCGGAGAAGCUGUUCUGUAUCAUGAUACAGACAGUAUUAUCUACGCUAGUAGUGGUGACAAUGACCCUCCACUCGGAAAUUUUCUGGGAGAUUUCACAGACGAGUUGGACGGUGAUGUAAUCACUACAUUCAUCUCUGGAGGGCCCAAGAAUUAUGCAUAUGAAACUGCGAGUGGAAAGACAUGCUGCAAAGUUCGGGGUUUUACCUUGAACUUUAAAAAUAGCUUAGCAUUAAAUUUUCACUCGAUCAAGCAUAUUGUAUGCAGCUUGGACCGAAAGGACAGCAUACUGUUAGAUGAUGCCGCCAAGAUAAAGAGAGACGCGAAAAGAAGGAAAGUCUUCAACGCGAAGGAAAAUAAACUGUAUAGGAUGGUUUACAACAAGAGGGUUGUAAAAGAAGAUCUUUCAACCAUACCUUAUGGAUUUUAA